AUGCCUUCCGCCAUCCAUAGUCUAGGGGAAGACUCCCCUCUGGAGCCAAUUGCCAUCGUUGGCAUGUCAUGUAGGCUUCCAGGAGCUGUGGAUAGUGCAUCGAAGCUCUGGGAUCUGCUCUGCAAAAAGGGCUCCGUGCAGACCCCAAAGGUCCCAAGCAAUCGAUUCAACAUCGAUGCCCAUUACCAUCCCGACCUUGCCCGCCCUGGCAGUUUCAAUUCGUUUGGCGGUUACUUUCUUGAUGGAAAUUUGGAGGAUUUUGACCCUACGUUCUUUAAUAUGACACCAGUGGAAGCCAUGUGGCUUGAUCCACAGCAACGAAAGAUGCUAGAGGUUUCCUACGAAUGUCUUGAAUCUGCUGGCCUGACCCUAGACGAUGUUUCUGGCAGCAAUACUGCAGUUUUUGUCGGUUGUUUUACUAGUGACUACCAACAGAUGUCAACAUCAGAGCCAGACUUUAGACAUAACUACUGCGCCACAGGUGUCGAUGUCGGUGUGAUGAGCAAUCGAAUUGGAAACACCUUCAACUUGAAUGGCCCGAGCUUCACCAUCAAUACUGCAUGCUCAUCUUCCGUCUAUGCUAUCCACAAUGCUUGCCACGCUUUGCGCACCAGAGACUGCGAAGCAGCUAUUGCUGGCGGCGUCAAUUUGAUUCUCACGGUCGAUCAGCAUAUCAACACGGCCAAACUUGGCGUUCUUUCUGACACGUCGACUUGUCAUACGUUUGACGCUGCUGCUGAUGGCUACGGACGUGGUGAGGGUGCUGGAGCACUCUACCUUAAACGACUCUCUGACGCCAUUCGGGAUGGAGAUGUCAUUCGAGGUGUAAUACGCUCCUCGGCUGUCAAUACAAAUGGAAAGGUUGAAGGAAUGGGCAUUACGUUUCCGAGUGUUGCAGGACAGGAGCGGGUUAUCAGAGCUGCAUAUAAGCGUUCCAACCUCGACCCUAACAAAACAGCAUUUUUUGAAUGUCAUGGCACAGGAACACCAGUUGGUGACCCGAUUGAAGUUCGAGCUGUCGCCAACGCCAUGAAUGACACUCGGAGCACUGAAAAACCUCUAUUGCUAGGUGCUGUCAAAUCAAGCAUUGGACACAGUGAAGCUGCUAGCGGUAUCUUUGCCGUGAUGAAAGCAGCUUUAUCUACUGAGAAAGGAAUGAUUCCAGGUGUCUGCGGCUUCAAAAAUCUGAACCCAAAUAUCAAAGAAAAAGAGUGGAACAUUAAGAUCAACACAGACCUAAUUCCUUGGCCGGAAGGCUUCGAUGUCCGCCGAGCAUCUGUAUCGUCGUUUGGCUAUGGUGGAACGAACGGCCACAUAAUCAUUGAGAGUAUCGAGACUGUCUGCCCUUGGUAUGAACAUGCGAAACCGAAGAACGCCUCUACAUAUCGUUACAAUGAUGCUAGACCAUUCAUUAUUGGUAUGAGUGCGCACGACAAAAAGACUCUGACUCGCAAUAUACAGGCACACCAAAAAGUAGCUGAACAUUUCCACCUCCCCGAUCUCGCCUACUCCCUCAACACCAGGCGCACAAGGUUUGCCCAAAGAGGUUUCACAAUAGUAUCCGAGGGUCAAGAAGUUGCUUCUUUUGAACCUGAUUCCUUCACAUUUGGAACAGCUGCAACUAAAAAUUUGAAAUUCGGGUUUGUCUUCACUGGUCAAGGGGCACAGUGGCCCCUGAUGGGAUACGAGGCCAUGAAAACAUUUCCCUCGUUUGGUGCAACAAUUGACACGUUGGACCUAAUACUGCAGUCAGGAGCCAUUGUACCAAAGCCUUCUUGGACUCUAAGGGGCGUACUUGAGUCACGCAAAGAGGUGAGUCGAGUCGGCGAGGCUGAGAUCUCCCAGCCUGCUUGCACUGCAAUUCAGAUUGCUAUCGUUGACCUCUUCGCAUCGUGGGGAAUCGAGCCAGUUGUGACAGUUGGCCAUUCAUCUGGUGAAAUUGGUGCUGCAUAUGCGUCCGGUCGACUCUCCGCUCCAGAGGCAAUAUUGGCAGCUUUCUUCCGUGGCUUUGCUGUCAAAAAGUCGGCUCCUGCUGGAACCAUGCUUGCUGUUGGUCUUGGUGCUCUUGAAGUCGAGGCUUAUAUUCCACAAUCCGUUUCUAGUGAAGUUACAAUUGCUUGUGAAAAUUCUCCCAGUGGUGUCACUCUUAGCGGUACGUCCGCCGGUAUUGCUGCAACAAAGGCAAAACUGGAUGAUGCCAAAGUCUUUGCACGCGAGCUUCGAACUGGAAAGGCGUACCAUUCGUCACAGAUGGAUGCUGUCGCACCGCUGUACGAGAACUUAUAUUCUAGAGCCGUUACAUCCCUACCUUCUACCGCUGCUGACUGGCGGAGACCUCAAGCUCAUAUGGUCUCUUCUGUCACGGGAGAUAUACUUCCCGAUAGUGAACUCUCAAUUUCAUAUCUUUGUGACAAUCUCAGAAGUCGUGUUCUCUUUAACUCUGCCGUGACCACUUUAGGAAAAUCGGAAUUAUUCUCGGAUGUCAAUAUGCUAAUUGAGAUUGGGCCUCACUCUGCGCUUGGAGGCCCUGUCAAACAAAUUUGUGCUAUCAAUGGGCUUGACCAUCUCAGCUACACACCGUCAUUAGUCAGAGGCGCGGAUUGCGCAUUGUCUCUUCUAAAAACUGCAGGAGAGUUGUUUAACAAAGGUGCUAACGACCUCGAUUUUGAAGCAAUCAAUAGCAUUAGGGAUUCUACAUCCUUACGCAUCACUAAACAGCAUGAUAUGCCAAGAUACAUACCGGAUCUUCCACCUUACCAGUGGAACUAUGAGAAUACUUUCUGGUAUGAACCAAGAAUGACCUACGAGCGUCGUCAAUCAAAAUACACAAGGCAUGAUAUUCUUGGAAGAAGAGUCUUUGGCCUAUCCGAGAAUGCUGUUGCAUGGAAGAGCAGCCUUCGGCAGCGUGAUGUGCCGUGGUUGCAGGAUCAUACCCUUGGUGAUUCUGUUGUUUUCCCUGGAGCAGGACACUUAUCUCUUGCGAUCGAAGCUUACCUCCAAAUUUUGGACCUUGACUGUAAAAAACUUGCUGGUGUUGAGAUUCGCGAUGUUAAUAUUGGCAAAGCCCUUAUCGUUCCUGACACUGACGAUGGUAUCGAAGUUCAUACCCGCCUCACCAAGAUUUCCAAGUCAGACGAGAAAAAAGUGUGGUUUGGUUUUGCUGUGGAAUCUGUCGACAAUGGAAUAUGGACUGUUCAUUCAGAGGGUAAGAUUUGUGGCAUUUCAGUCGACAAUGAUACUCGUUCCCUAGAACAUCACUUCGAGUCGCCUAUCAGCAUUAAUAAACUCCACAAGCGAACUCAAAACAAGCGAUGGUAUGACGCCUUUCACCGGGUUGGUUUUGAAUAUGGGCCCUCAUUCCAGACCAUGAGUGCGAUUCGAUCCAACGGAAAAGAUCGCAUGACUGCGUCAAAUAUGAAAGUCCAGACAAACUCUGGACUGAUGCUUGAAGAAUCUCGCUACAUGCUCCAUCCUUCGACCAUCGAUGGCUGUCUUCAUCUUGUCAUAGCUUCGAUUCAUCGUGGCCUUCACAAGCAAAUGCCAUGGGCUGUUGUCCCCCUCGAAAUCGAAGAAGUCAGCAUCUUCUUCCCCGGGGUCGAUGAUGCUACGGAGGGUCGUGCGGUUGCCUGGACCAAUAAGCAUUGGGGUGGCCGGUACUUCAACCACUGCACACAAUUGCAAGGGGCUUCUGGGAAACUACUUAUGGAUAUGAAAAACAUUAAAUCAGUGAUAUAUGACGCCGCAAUUUCUAGCCGUAUCUCAGAUGCUCCUGCUCGCGAAGCUUACGCUGAAGUUUCUUGGAGACCGUUUGUUAGUGAUUUAUCUGAUUCUGAUACCAGCGCUGCUCAUUCUGACGAAGUCCUCAUCAAUAACGAACCCAUCGCGAUCAUUUCGGGCCCUUGCUCCGGGUCUGACUCUCAGGCUCUGUUAAAUGGACUGAAAUCUUCCAUCGCACCCCUGUGCUUCGGAAUUGAGGAUAUUCAAAUUUCUUCGGAAAUUGUCAAAGUCGGGAAUAUAAUAAUCGACGAUAGUGCCGGAACUAUUUUGUCUCAAGCUACAAAACAGGCCUUUAAUGCUUUGAAGGAUAUCCUUUGCUCCGGAAAAUCGAUUUUGUGGCUCACUCGUGGUAUAAACGAAGGACAUGCCGUGAGUGGUGGGAUGGCCCAAGGCUUCCUACGUGCCGUCCGUUCUGAGCUUGUCACAUCCCGUAUCACAUUGCUGGACUUGGAUGAGCAAAUCGCGAUGAGCCAAGGAGUGCCAGUAAUUCUAGACAGGUUGGCGAAUAAUGCUACCAAGGACUCCGGACGUGAUGUUGAGUUUUGGCUGCAAGCAGAUGGUUCACUGCAUGUUCCACGCAUUAUCUCCAACAAUCUACUAAAUGAUCUUUUCUUUGGGGAGGCCGAGAGUGUACAGACCCCUGUUCUUCCUGGUAAGACUUUGAGUGGUAAAAUUGUGGGCACCGAGGUCAUUUUCUGCACCAGCACCGAAACAAAACUUGGUGCACAAGAAGUUGAAAUCCAAGUUCAGUUUUCAGAACUCACUGCAAUAGACCUCAAAUUGCAGUCUGAGAGACCGAGAAUAAUCGUUGGUAAAGUCAUCCGCGUUGGAGAGCAAGUUAACACAUCAUGCCUUGGAGAAGAAGUUGUAUCGUUCAGCAAUAAACCAUUUGAGACCAUUGUCAGUACAGAUAUCUUCGUGAAGAAAGCCAAGCUUGAGAAUGCAGCUCUCUAUGCAUCCACCUUACCCAACAUUUGCAAGGGCAUCGAUGCAGUACUUCGGGCUGGUAACGUGAAGCCGGGAGAUCGUGUGCUUUUGCUGCCAUCUACUGAGUCAUUCGUCAAUGUCGUCAGCAAACUUGGUGAUAUAUUUGGCUUCGAGUUGAUAUAUUCGUCCGGUGAUCUUGGGCAUAUCAAAGAGCUUCUCACCUCUUCUGGAUCUCCUGCUCUAGUUAUUGCGACCUCUUCAUCUGAUUUAACAAAGGAGGUAUGGCGCCAUAUGCCCUCUGGUAGCAGGUUUGUCCUAGGUGAUGUACCUGUCGACUGGCCAUUGGAUACAAAACCAUUUGCCCGGGGUGCCUCUUUCAUUACUUGUGGGAUUUUGGCUCUUUUUGAAAAUCACCCAGCUUCUCUUGGUGAUAUUCUCAAAAAGAGUACUGAGCUGGUAGCCGAUAACAAGGAUAUUUUCUCUCAACCGCCGCAUCUCAUCGACGUUGAAAGACUCCAAGAUCUAUCGGACAUCAUUGCCGAUGGUGCUCAACUAGAAAAUGGCGUUCUUCAAUUCACGUAUGGCUCGGGGAAAAUCAAGUCCAAGAAAGUGCGAGAAGAGAUAAAUUUCUCCGCGACAAGCGCUUAUUUGCUUGUUGGAUGUCUCGGCGGUCUUGGGCGAAGUUUGACACCAUGGAUGUUUGAAAGAGGAUGUCGGAAUUUUGUGUUCCUGUCAAGAUCGGGUACGGACAAACGUGAAGCUGCUGAAGUUGUGGCUCAAUUGCAACAUGCUGGUGCUUCUGUCCAAGUCUUCCGCGUUGAUGCAAGCGAUGAGAAGGCGGUAGCCGAAGUCGUGUCAGGGAUCCAGUCUGAGACUCCUAUUCGAGGCGUGGUACAUGCUGCUAUGGUUCUCCAGGAUGGCAUGUUUGAAGGGUUAACUUAUGAGAAAUACAUCACAAGUGUCAAUCCGAAAAUGAAUGGUGCUAUUUCAUUACAUAAGGCGUUAGCAGAAACGCCACUGGACUUCUUCGUCAUGACGAGUUCCAUUUCUGCAGUUCUUGGAAACCCUGGUCAAGCCAAUUAUUGUGCUGGAAACAGUUUUCUGGACUCCCUAGCAUGGCACCGGCGUAGACAUGGCCUUGCUGCUUCAUCCAUUGCCCUUCCUAUGGUUCUUGAUGUUGGUGUCGUUGCUGAGAAUGCGGAUAUUGAAAUCUCGCUAGGCCGCAAGGGAAUGUAUGGGAUUGAUGAGCGUGAAAUGUUGCAGGCAUUUGAGGCAGCCAUGCUUCAAGGACGUCCUGCUGCCGCUGACAGCGCGAAACUUGGAGAGGCACAAAUUGUUUUGGGGCUGGAACCUGCAUCCCUUGCUGCAGCAAUGUCUUCUGCAGAUACUACCGACGCAUACUGGUCAAACGACAGCCGUUUGGCAGAGAUUAGAGCUACUGUUGACAUGCUUACAGCAAGCAGCAGGCAAGAGCAGAAGCGCGGUGGAGGGUUCCUUGACACUUUGUCUGGAAAGCCAGAGGAAGAAGCUAUCGAAGAAGUUGGCCAGCACAUUAUCACCCAGUGCGCCAAGAUUUUGAUGCUUCCACGUGAGAACUUCAGCAUCACUGGAAACUCGAUUUCAUCAUAUGGAGUGGACUCGAUGAUUGGCGUGGAGCUACGAACGUGGCUCUUUAAAGAGCUUGGCCUGGAGGUUGGUUUCCAGUCGCUACUAGGCCCAAAGAUGGAUUUUAAAACACUUGCAACCAUGGUGGUGAACCAACUAAGUGCUACAGAGUGA